AUGAAAUCCCAUGGACACUCAUUCUUCAUUGGACGAGUUUUCCGAUCAAACGGUGCUGUUGACAGCCAAGGAAUUCAGAACAUCAAGAAUGCUCGCGCAGGUGCAUAUAAUUUCAGAAUUAAGUCAGUCGCAGAUGAGAACUUCAAAGACUUUGAAGACUUUGAAGACUUUGUUGCAGGUGGAAUUGCUAACGUCGAUGGAUACAUCUUCCCCUGCCUGUCCUCAUCUUGCCCAAGUGCUUCAAAGCAGAUUUCUGAAGCAUCAACUGCACUGAAGAAUGCUGGAGCUAAAGUUGGUAUGCUCUGGCUCGAUAUUGAGACGUACCAGUGGCCAAGUGAUCACGCAAAAAACCGUGCCUUCAUCGAGGAAAUGGGAAAAGAACUGACUUCUCUUGGAUACAACUGGGGAGUCUACAGUAACUACAACAACUGGCAAUCAAUCGUUGGUCUCGACUAUACUGGUAUGAAAGGAAAACAGUUGUGGUGGGCCACCUACAACAAUGAAGCUAACUUCAACAACUUCAAGGCUUUCGGUGGAUGGACUAAACCGAACAUCCAUCAAUACAACGGUGAUGUCUCUGGUCCAUGCUCAUUCUCCAUUGAUACUAACUGGUAUCCUUGA